AUGGUAAAAGCACCGCCUUCCCAGGCACUCUACCCAGCAGAGCAGCAGCAGCAGCAUCCAUCAGCAGCGGAGACAUCGGCAUCAAAAAGAUUAGCAGCAGCAAAAAGAGCAGCAGCACCAACCGAAGCAGCAGCAUCAGCAACAGCAGCAUCCAAGGAAUUUGCUGCAGAAGCAGCAGCAGCAGCAGCAGAAGCAGCAUCGUUUGAGGAAGCUGCAGCAUCAGCAGCAGCAGCAUCAUCAGCAGCAGCAUCAUCAUCAGCAGCAUUGUCAACAUCAGCAGCAGCAGCAGCAACAGCAUCAUCAUCAUCAUCAGCAUCAGCAGCAGCAGCAGCAGCAGCAGCAGCAGCAGCAGCAGCAGCAGGAUGUACAUCCCUCCUCGAGCAGCUCCCCCAGCAGCAGCAGCAGCAGCAGCAGCAACAGCAGCAGCAGCAGCAGCAGGGUAUAUUGGGGCUCUCUCGAUGGAGGGAAGGGGAGACGCAAAGUGUAUGCCUCGUCUUACCCCACCCUGUACACCCCGAUCUUGUUGCACUCGGAUGCCAGGGGCCGAACCGCUCUGGGUCAGUUCUGAAGCUGCUGGAUUUGCGGCAGCAGCCGCCUCGCUCUUUUGCUUCCUGCAGCAGCAGCAGCAGCAGCAGCAGCGAGAUGGGCAUCGCGGGGUGUAUGUACACCUCCCCGUUUGGAGAUGAGUGGUGGACAGGGGCUUGGCAUCCGUCAGGAAGUUAUUUAGUUUGCAUCGAUAAAAGAGACAGAUUGCACUGUCUCUACCCGGGACAGCAGCAGCAGCAGCAGCAGCAGCAGCAGCAGCAGCAGCAACAGCGGAGCGCUAGUGGAACUCCCACAUCCGCCAGCACCGUUAGCAGCAGCAGCACCAACAGUAACAGCAGCAGCAGCAGCAGCAGCAGCAGCAAUGAUAUAAGGAGCGAAGUGCUGCAGCUGGAGGCUGUUACUUACAGCUGCUGCUUCGGGUUGGGUGGGCGUGUGUUUAUAGCAGCACAAGAAGAUGGUUGCUGUCGUUUGCUGCCUAGCUGCGACGGCAUAGGUUUAGCAGCAGCAGCAGCAGCGCUGCAGCUGCCGGUGUUGCAGGGGCCUGCAGUUGUAGCAGCAGCAGCAGCAGCAGCAGGAGACAUUAUAGGAGUAGGGGGUACAGACGGCUGUAUACAGCUUCUUCAUGUCUCUACUCUCUCGCCUGUGGGGUCAGUACCCAGGGCUGACGUGGGCGUGCAGUGUAUAUCCAUCAGCAGCGACGGUUUGCUGCUUGCCUGGGCUUCAAAGAGGGCACCACAAGAGCAAAGGAUGCACCAGCAGCUGAUGCGCCUGCAGCAGCAGCAGCAGCAGCAGCAGCAGCAGCUAGAGCUUGCUUUAGAGGAGCCCCUGCUGCGGAGACAAGAAGAUAGAGGGAGACAGGGUAAGCACAAAGUCUCUGUUGCUGCAGUGUCUCCUACUGAGCUGCUGCUGCAGUUGGAGACACCUGCGCAGGUAACAGCAGCAGCAUUUCAUCCCCACCGACAUGUACUCGCCAUAGCCUGCGAUGCAGACUGCAGCAGCAGCAGCAGCAGCAGCAGCAGCAGCAGCACGUCGUCCAUGUCGUCGUCGUCGUGGUCGCCGUCGUUUGCAGCAGCAGCAGCAGCAGCAGCAGCAGCAGCAGCAGCAGCAGGUACAGCAGCAGCAGCACCAGCGGCAGCAAACAUAUCGGAAUCCUCGCCCUAG